AUGGCAGCCCCAAACACACAUAUUCGCGGUUCAGUCAGGGACAUAUUGCUGGCAUCUAUCUUGUCGUCGGUGCCUCUAGUAGCACUGUCCGCCAUUUUGCUCGGGCUCGUCUUUAGAAACCGGGUAUAUCCCAGUAGCCCUCUUUCUGACAUUCAAGGAGCUGCAGCCUCCGAGAACGAUGACAGUGUCAUCUAUGUCAACCUGAGUGCUACGACAUUGACUGUGCUGGCCUCGUGGUCCAGCACAAUCGCUCCCCUCACCUUGACGUACAUUCUAUCCUUGGCGUCGUUUCCGGCUGCCCGGGAAAUGAUUCGUGCAGCGGUCAACACCCUCAGCGCGCUAGUCUUUGCCACAGAUGCAUGGCUCCAUUUCACAACCAAGAGCGUAACUCUCACUCAGUUCGAGCCAGUGUCAUUCGAUGAUGCUAGCUUUGGACUACAUCAGAACUGCACAAAUUUAACAGAGAGUUUUACUUCCCAGUGCGACCUGAAUCGGGGCGGGUCGACAACAUUCCUAUGGAAUGCUGAGGAGUCGCUAAAUCUUCUGGCAAAUGUCUCGACGAGGGGCAUGGUGCAAUCCGUGUCGGACGAUGCUGGUAAUCAGUAUGCGUACAUUGGCCUUCCGGUAGGCCUCUCGAAUGGCAGCGUAGAUUACGUGGCCACAUCGCUGGCAGUCCAAACUAAAUGCGCACCUAUUACUACGCGCUGUUUCAAUGCGACCAGCACCAUAUCAGGUCCUUCUGCGAACUACAGUUGCGAUUUUGCCAUGCAAGGAACUAUCAGCACAACUUUCAUCAAUUCCAUGAACAUGGGAUAUUUUACAAAUUCGACCUUGUCGGAUACCAUCCCGGAAAAAACUCCAAUAUCCAACCCUUAUUACUUUGCUGCCGUGGUGAGCGCAAAUCAGAACGUGGGACGGAAUCAAGACCUGAUCCACGAUCCCGAGAUUAAUAGCGGCGAACACGGUUCUGUGCUCUUUGUCGUAUUGUGCAAUGCUACUGUAUUUGAUAUGGUAUACACUUCCGCCAACAGCACGGUCACACAAGUCUCUGUGCUGGAGAGUAACUCGUCCACCACCAGCGUCGUCAUGGGAACACAAGCAUACACACACGUUGGGGAUACGUACAUCCUCCAGCGUACCAGCCUCGAUGUUUGGCAGAGCCACAGUGCACAGGAGAUAGCUAGCAAGUUCGCUUAUACGUACAGCGAGAUAGCUCUAGCGGCUUCUGGUGCUGCCCUCGAGCCGGGGCCUGCCGUGGAAGCCCAGUUACGGUCUUCGAUGAUCGUGGCCAAGAUGCCAAAGGCGCCUUUGGGUUGCCUGGUGGCUGCCAACUUGCUGUUAGCAGUUCUGGGUAUUCUCCUUACCAUUAUGGCCCUCCUAGUUCUGAAUAAUGAUGUGGGAGACGUGAAAGCAAGGCUGGGUAUCCCUGCCUUGGUAGCGACACAUUUUGAGACCAACGGGGGAGAUAAGCCGGUGAAGAACAUUGAAGAUAUGUUUGAGGAGUUUGAUGGUCGAGCUGGGCCGCGGGUUGUGGCGGCAAAGACGGCGCUGGGCUGCUGGAGGUUGGAGAGACGGUGA